AUGCCACCGCGUGUGUGGGUCUCGAUUCUCGAAUGGCUGGCUUCGUGGCUGGCUGGCUGGCUUCGUUCGAACGACGAAGGAGCGGAGCGGAGUCGAGCAGUGGAGCAGCAGCAGCAGUGGGGAUCAAGGAUCCACAGCUGCGUCGAGAAUCUGGAGACUCGGAUUCUACAUACGGUAGAGGAGCACAUACCCUACCGUGGCGUAGCGGGAGUGUACAUGCCCGAUGGAGGAGAAACACAUGAGAGGGAGGAGCAGGAGGAGGACGAGCAGCGGGAACAGAAGGAGGACGAGCAGGAGGACGAGCAGGAGGACGAUGAGAAGGAGGACGACGAGCAGGACGACGAGCAGGACGACGAGCAGGACGACGAGCAGGACGACGAGCGGCUCGCGAACGUGGUUGUUCCCUGA